UCGAUGGACGGCGACACGACGUUCACGAAGCUGUUCGUGGGUGGCCUGGCGUGGCAGACGCAGCGCGACGCGAUGCGGCGCUACUUCGAGCAGUUCGGGGACAUCGCCGAGGCCGUCGUCAUCGCCGACAAGCACACCGGUCGCUCCAGGGGCUACGGAUUUGUGACGUUCAGGGACCCCGAGGCGGCGGCGCGAGCGCUGCAGGACCCGACGCCGGUGAUCGACGGAAGAAGGGCCAACUGCAACCUGGCGGCUCUCGGCGCGUCGCAGCGCCCGCAUCCUGCUGCCGCGCCGGCGCCGGCGCCGUUCGGGAUGGUCAGGUCAAGGCCCGCAGCAGCGUCGUCUUCGUCUUACCAGGGCUCUGCCGCUGCCGCAAUGGCACCCUCCUACUUCCCCCAACAUGCUCACUACACCUAUCCUUACUACUACGGGUAUACUGGAGGGUAUUCUCCCGAAAGCAUGUACCAAAUGCAAAUGAGCUACUAUGGCGCGCAUGGUGGCGCCGGUGUCCAACAGCAGCAGCAGCAGUCACAACUGCAGACAUACUAUGCAGCGGCUGGGGCGGAAGGAGGCCAGCAGGGAUUUUCACCAUACUAUCUCCAGCAGAUGCAAGCUGCCGCGAGCAACCAGGAGCAGAGUUCUUCUGCCGCGGCAGUGCAGUACGCUCAAAUGAUGCAGUACGCGGCACACAUGCAGCAGGCGGCGCACGCCAGUCGGCUCCAUGGCACGGCCGUCUCGGAGGUUCCCAGUGAUGCAGGUACGAGGAAGGGUGGAACUGCGGCGGCCGUUGGAGGACCGGGCUCGUCUCAAACAUCACCUGAAACAGAUAGGAAGGAGGAGUCCUGA